AAUAAUACAAUCAUAUUGUGCGUGUGUUACAACGAAUUCACAUUAAUUAUUUUGUCUUCAGAAAAAGUAUUUGUAAUUUAUCUCCUCUCGACCUAUUGACCCCGCUAGAGUAAACUUAAAAAGAAUCUACCGUCUAAUCUCUUAUUCAUUCGUAUCUGAUUAGUUUUCACAUACACCACUGACGUUAAUUCAAAUUUUACAAAUGUUUUACUUAAGUUAAUAUUUUCUUAUGAUAACUUGAAAAUUCCUGUUUAACUAUGAUAUAUUCUAGUUAACGUGGUAGAAAGUUGUUAAUUGGUGUUAGAGUAUACCGGGGUUAGCAUGGCCUAUUGUAAUUGUCGUGACGGCAAACGUUGAAUGGUCAUUCUGUUCAACUCUCGUGGUGGACGUUAUUAAGUUUGUUUAGUCGGAUACAUACAAGUGUUCUAGAGAUGUUUAAACAAACUUAGGUACUCCAAAUGGAUUAACAUUCCCUUAACCAUGUAAACAUAAAAGUAUGAAAUAAAAGUUUAAUAGAGAGAAAUGUGAUAAAUACACGCAAUUUAUGGUGAUGUUUCCACUGGGAUAAAAAUUCAAAAAAUGUGGAGAAAUUUUCUGUCCAGUCUCUUUCUAGCGUAUUCAGUAGCUGGCACAUUCGACGAAUUUCUAUCAAAAGACACAAACAUUAAAUGUCCAUCUACCAAUGAAGAGACAGAAAGACUGCAUCCUCCGAAGUUCAGAGGGGUUUGGACGUCGUCGAGAUGUGAAAUCAGACCCGGUCCUGAAUUUUUAGUACGAAAAUAUAUAUUCCGACGUAAAAAGUUUAAAUUGCACCAGUUUUACUACUUUGAUGCACAAUGUACCAGACCCAAGUACGGCAUCACAGCAGAAGGGUCAAUCAAAGUUCAGCAAAUGUCAUGGGUUGUCCGAGGCGGUGCCGAGUCAGUAUACAGACUGUAUAAUGUAACAAUCAAUCCGUAUAAUAAACAUUUCGCUAGAAAGCUUAGCAAAAGAAUCAAAAUGUACUGCAAGCCAUUACAUGGAAUAACUGUUAAGCGAUAUAGGAAAUAUAAAAUAUUUAAUUUUCCAAGAAAAUUCCAGAAAUCCAAAGAUUUUGAUUGUACAGGACUUUUAUCUUUAUCAUUCCACGAAUUGCAGCUAUUGAAAGUUGAAUUAAAAAAGACGACACACUUUAAUAAGCAUAAUUCUUACUUAAAUGAUAAUAAAAUAAGCAGGUACGAGAAACCAACACGUUUGCUGUACUUGGGAAAUAUACAUACAGAUAUUCAACAGAGAUCAACCUACAGACCGUACAGUUACCAGACGCCCCUCAAGAAGGGUAAUACCCGAGAUUGUAAAAUUUGUCGCAAAAUAAAAAAGUCAAAUGAAUUCAAGCCACCUAGAUUGGACAAAAUUCGUAAUCAGAGAAGAACAUUCAUAGAUGGAUAUUGGAGUAGCAGAGGAUGUGAAACGAGAUCGUAUGGACAGUUUCUAAAACGAUCUUUACUGUUUCAUGCUAAUGGUGUCUCAUGGGAAGGAAUAUACAAUUUCUUCCGAGAUCCAGACUGUAACCAUGGAUCCCUCUCUGUUCAUGUUUCGGGAGGUUACUUAAAGGAAAAAGAAUCUCGAAUAAUCGCCGGAGCAUCUGAUUUCAAAUUUAACUUGACUCAGAUGAGUGUAAUCCCGCGUGAUUAUUUCACCACGGAUACGCUGAAUCAUGCGCGGAAUAAUUCAUGUGGAAUAAUUGGCACGUGGAAAAUUGAUUCUGUGCAGUCGGUAGUUAGAACAAAAGGUUGUGAUAUUCUUGGUUUACACGUUCCUACAACGGAAUUUGAAAUAAUCAAAUUAGAACAAAGACAAGUUGACGAUGUUUUACUUGUUGGUGAAAGACCAACUGAUGGGAAAUCUUUAUCGGGACCAAGUACUCGACCGACGUCAUUUCAGCCACCAUUGAUUCGCUGCAUGGUUGAACGAAAUAAUAAUGAGCUUCCAGACUUUUAAAAUACCUCAAAUCAUUUUCCGAAAAAAAACCAAAUCGAUUGAUACAAAUUUGUGGACCAUAUUUUAUAUAUUUGAUAUUGUAGCAUACGUUUUUACCUCGAUCAGUUUCUAAUGAGUGUAUAUUAAACGUAGAGAAUUAGUAUAGGUUUAACUAUGUACCAAAUCGAUGUACCAAAUCAUCAAUACGGGUUAUUUUGAUAGAUUGUGUUCAAGCUCACAAAAACUAACCAGCGAAUUGUCAGGCAACAUCAUAGUCUUGUUCAAAACAACUUAUUACCCCAGUAAUACUAUAAAUAGUU